GUGAAUGUCCACUGAAUGUCCAAUGUAGUGUGAUUAACAAGGCUAUUGAAUACGGAUGUCCGAAUGUGCCAAUAUAAAACCAACUUUACCCAAGUCACACUGCAUUGUCACCAAAUUCAGUUCACAUAUCACUGCUGGUUAUACUACAACUCUUUAUUUUGGAAAAAUAUAUUUUUGAAUAAUUUUUUUAUAAUGAAAAAUAUUCAAUAACUUCACUAAGAAAUUAUGAACUUCAUUAUGAAAAAUACAUGUAAUAACUUCAUUGUAACACACUGUACUGUCACCAAAUUCAGAUCACACAUCACUGAUGUCUUGAUAGUAGAUACUACAACACUUAUUUUGGAAAAAUGUCAAUAGUGCAGUGUAUUAUGGUGAAGUUAUUCAUUAUUUUUCAUAAUAAAAAAUACAAAAAAGUAAAUGCAAAAAAAUUUUUUUUCUAAAAUAAGUGUUAUAGUAUAACCAGCAGUGGAGAGUGAAAUAAUUGAAAAGAGGUGUUAUUUGUGUAAUUUUCCUCACAAGUUAUUGGUCCGGGAAAUUCAAAUCUCUGAAAACUUUACUCAUAGUCAGAACAUGCUUAAGUUUGAACAUGCACAAUUUUUUGUUUAUUUAUUUUCUCAUAUUUUGAAAUGUAGCUCUAUUUUAUUUAGCUAAUGAGAGAACAUAUCUACAGUUACAUAUAUGUUCAGUUCUAUUUUACGUGACAAUAAAUAUUGUCAAAACGUUUUUGAAUUGUACUGAAUUCAUUUGAUUUGACAGUCAGGAAUCAAUUACAUGCAGAUAUACAACUACUAGGCUACUUAUAAUGUAUAUUCCGGACCUUUGCCUUAAGAAGUUUUCUCUAACUGGACCUCUUUAAAUUUUAGUUGAAUACCCCUGCACUAGUUCUAGUCAUGGAGUGACUUCAUGAUGCGAUAGUCAAAUAUAUAUUUCUGCAUGUGUGUAUAGCAGGUGUUUGUCCGAACAAUUGAAGAUCGAGUGUUCAGGAAAACCCUUUGAAAACAAUCAAUAUUUAUGUAAUUCUGUUUGGUGCUGAUAGAGUAUUACAGAAAUGACACAUUGACAUACUGGAUGUUAUUCUGUGAGUUUGUUACCUUUACAUUUAGAUGGACUUGAAAAUGUCUUGCAUUUUGCUUCAUUAAACCUUUUAUUACAGUGAUCACUAUAGUAAAUGUCCACUUUAACUACAUCUAUGGUUAUGGUGUCAUUAUAUCACUACCUGGAUAAUGUAAAUGUAACAUACCCUUGAAUGUAUUUUAUAGAAGCAUUUUAUUGCUGAAAACAUUUAUAAUAUGCAUUAACUAUUUAAAUUUGCCUUUCAUUUAGUUACAGUAAAUAGUGAACAAUAAUCACAAGGAUAUUGUAUUAAAGUUGAGAAUGUAAAUUGUUAUUUUUUUCCCUUAUUCUUUAAAGGGAAGAAACAUAUUUUCACAUGAAAUUUUAUCUCCCCUCGGUUUGUAAAAACAAUACUUCAUCAUAUCUAUUUUUUUUGUUAUGUUUCACUAUAAUAGAUUGCCUCUGUAACUGGAUAUUUCCUCACAAUUUUUAUACUGAUUUUUAUACUGAUUUGUGCAGUAGUUUGGGGACUACAAUUGUCUUUGACAUUAAAUGUUGGAAUAUGAUUACAAAAUUGAGUGCAUUCAUUAUGCUUUUGUUAUAUUUUAAUUCCAAGAGUUCAAAUGGUGGAGAAUGGUACAAAUGAGUGAUUAAAUGUAUACCUUUAAUACUACACAUUUACUGUAAAUGUUAGAAGCACUUUAGUAGAUGCAAUUAUAUCUCUUUCAAAUAUAUGUAUACAUCAGUUUAACUACACAAAGGAGUCUUUCGUUUUAAAAUGUGAUUUUUUUAUUAUAUUUAGUUAGAUUAAUUACAUAUUUAAGGAAUCUUUCCCUUUAGCCGGAACCGAAGAAGAGCUGUCGUCAUUUACCAUAAACGGACAAGUAAGUGUGACGCCUCUGUUCAGCUGGGUUGUCAUUGGCUGUGACUUUAUCGCAGAACUCGCUGUGAUUGGACUAUCUUAGUUUACUUGUUAACAGAUAUUACCUCCUCUCACUUUCAAAUUUGUAAUCUUUUUGAUCUCUCUGAUUAUGUAAUCCGAAUGAAAUGUGCAUUCUCUCAGGCGCGUCCACAUGCGGAGCUGAUGAGAGUCGGUGUCAGCUUCAUCUUUGCAGUCGACACUGAUUCAGAAAACAUUAGUUUAUUAAUAAACAAUUAAAAUGUCUCCUUGCUGUUUUUUGUCAGAUUCAUAAUUUCUUUUGCCGGUUCUUUAUGGCAAGCUUUACGCUUGAGUGCUGUGUCAUUAGCUAUAGUUUAUUCUCUCCAGUAGGCUAUUUAAGAAAUUAAAUAUAAAUGUGAUUAGUCAACUAAUGGCAUUCACAUAUUUUCGAUUCAGCAUGCUAAGAUGGCAGCGGCCUCAUUUUCGCUUCAAAAAUGCUCUUCAGAGCUGCGUUCCAUUCGACAGGGUCCCUACGCAGUGUUCACUGCUCCCUACUCCCUGAGCACGGUAUAUCAGUUGAAGUGGACUUCGCUGACAGUAAUCGCUCAUUUGGAACGCACUGCAAACGUCAUCAAAGAAAGUCAACGACGGUGUCGCGCAGAUUAUGAUAUAACAUAAAUAUAAUUUACUUUGGAAUUUUAAAUUGAUUCUUAACAGAUUUGAAGCUGUAACUGUCAUGCCAUAUGAAAAUGUAAUCUUCAUUCUGGGUCUUCAUGGACAGCCACAUAGUAAACACUGAGGUAAAAAAAGUAAAAAAAAAGUAAAAAAAAAAAAAAAAAAGGACAGAGCCUCAACUGCUUUUCAACAAUUUUUACUUUGUCAUGCCUAUUCAUACAAUAAAAUAUGGAAAUACACUCAUUGCCAUAACCAUUCAUACUUUCGUUCGUAUAAUAAUAACACAACUUAUGAAUAGGGGCCUACUCAAAAUUCAAAUGUAAAUUCCUCCAUCGGAGAGCCGUUUAAUAACUCUUUCAACAGCUCUGCUCCAUCGUAGUUCUGACUGGUGACGCGUUGCGCAAUGACAGUUGGGUAAUUUUACCUCUCUACUUCCUGUGAAGUGAUGUAUCGAUGUUCCCUUAUUCCCUAUGCCGCUCGCAGUGCCCUUCGAACUGAACAUGUUCGCUCCCUUCGGAAUGGAAUCUCACUUAAGAUGGCGAAAUACCCUGUGAAGUCCACUUCGCAGUCCACUUACGGUCGAAUGGAACGCACCUCAGAAUCUUACAGUCUGAACUCAAGCCAUUUCAAUUUUUAAAUCAAAACAAAUCGGCUGCGCUGCAGCGUGACGUCAUAGUAUGCGUUCUACUGGUGACGUCACAAUACUAGAGCUUAUAAAAGCCGGUGCUGAGUUUACUGAGUGAUCAAUCUAUUGACUCGCUGCAGUUUGUAUCAGUCUAUAGCUUUUGAUCGGUGUGCAAUUUGAAUCAAGUGUACGAUUAACUAUCAGUAUCUGAUUGUGAAUCUGCAUUUUCAUUCAGUGUACGAUUAUUGUUCAGUGUACAUUUUUGAUCUGCGUACGGUUUCAGAUCAUAAAAUUUUACUUCAUUGUAGGAUUUUGGAUCAGGAUACCUAUUUAGAUAAAAAAAAAAACAUGUACAGCAAUAAGUUUCGCCGGCUCAGGCCCCUGGCUUCUGCCAGUCCUGCUCAGACGGCGCAACCUUUGUUGCCUGAACUGCGUCCACAUCCGCCGCCUAAGAGAACCACUGAAGGCAUUGCGUCGAUGUGUGCUGCAGAAACACCAAGACUGCGUCCACAUCCGCCGCCUAAGAGAACCACUGAAGGCAUUGUGUCGAUGUGUGCUGCAGAAACACCAAGACUGCGUCCACAUCUGCUGCUUAAGAGAUCCACUGAAGACAUUGCGACGGUGUGGGAGUUUCAAUACAACAGUAAGACCACUUUCAAGCUUCCUCCGAUCUUUGGCCCUUCCCAAGCCAGAGGACUGUGUCCAUACCCACAAGCGCAGGGGGUGAAGAAGCCUGUAGUGGCAUACGGCGCCAGCACCGUGCAAUUCGAGGCAGAUCUUUUCAGACAAAAGAGUCGCAGUGAAUUUCUUGAACGGGAGAAAAUAAAAGAGGCCCUUUGUCCUCAGCGCCAACGUCCAUCUCAGGAGAAAAGUGCUUCCCCUGAAAGAGAGCUGAAAGCCACAAAGGCUCCAAAUGCAAACAGGGUACAGCUGAAAGGUAAAGAACCUGAAGCUCUUGAAAGAAAAGUCUCUGAGCCUAAAAUAAAAAGGGAAGAGAUGGUUCUGACAGAACCUGAAGAGCCAGAGGAAGAGAACAGUAACCCUGAGGAGAUGGAUCUUCCAGAAAUUGAGGACUCUGAGGUGAUGGACUGUGGGAUGGACCUUGAAGUAUAUUUGUGGCAUUACAUGUACGAAGUGGAUGAGUUUUAUGACAACCUGGAGUUCAUCAACUUCCAUCAAUAUAAAAUUGAAAAGAUGAAAGAAAAGGCAGACCGCAUUAAAGAAGAAUUUGUACAGAACGCUACCAUCAUUAAAGAAAGACAACUGGGACUAAAAUCACUUCAAGUCAUACUUGAGAAAAAUCUAAACAAUAAAAGCGUCGUCUCUUCGAAAGUCAAACAGAUAUCUGAGAAGUUGGCUAAAGUUUACGGGAAUAGCUACGGCCAUUUCGGCUGCCCUGAAUUUUUAUUCCUGAUAUUGAACGAAUUCGAAGAAUGGAGUUUUGACUUGGAAGAAAACAUGCCAGCUGAGACACUCCACAAACAACAAAUGGAGUUUUGGAAAGACUAUUAUAAAAAUGUCAGAGUUAAGGAACAAGCUGAAUUAGAUGCACUGAAAGAAGAACGGUGGCAGAGAAGACGAGAGCAAGCUCUGGAGAGAGCUCUUGCUCCUCCAGUGAAAAUAAGCGGAAAAAAGCUGAUGCCACGCAGCCCGCCUCCAAAAAAGGUUGUAAAGAAAGUGGAAACCAAGAAACAAGAGUGAAAACCGACGAGGUGUGAUGAAAGGAGAUGGAAGGAUGAGAAGGUAAAGGUCUGGUUCCCAAAACGCACUGCCAUCCAGCCCUCUUCCGCGAUGCCUGGCGGUGGUGCUGGAUACCCUCGGUGGACGUCUCGAAACUCCUCCGCUGCCUGGUAGAUGCGAAGGCCCCUCUGGCUUCAGGGAGCUGGCAGGAGUCCCCCGUUCCCUGCUCCUCCCCAUCAUGGCGGAUGACAGCAGGCACAAGCGGCGACCCAGGUGGACGGCAGUGAGUUCGUCCGUCCCCCCGGAAAGUUACUCCAGCCCACCGCCUUGAGCGUCUAUGGCGGCGGACUCUGCUCAGUAGUGCUUGCUGGCAUCGCGGAUUUCACACCGCGACAAGGGCUCUUUGGCAGUGCGUUCCUCCUUCCUCUCGGCUUUCGUCCCCAGUGUAUAAAGUCUAGGGAGGAAGGAAGUGGGAAUCGGCGAACGUUCAACUUGGCCGGUUUCACACUGCAAGCGUAAGCGGCGCGUGAGCAGCGCGUAUUUUUUUUGGCGCCCAUGUUAACCAAUGGAUGCAUUCACACAUGCAGCAAGAGCAGUUAGUAAGCCUCAAGCAGGAGCAGCGCGUAAGCAGCAGUGAAGCGGGGCUUUUGGCGCCGAGUCUAUUUUUGCUGCGCUGCUGACGCUCAAUUAAAGUGAAAGCACACUUUUGAUGGGCAAACUAAAUAAAAUUUCACACAAAAAGUGUUAAAUGCA